UUGUUCUAUGAUUGCUUAUUUGAUUUCCUUCUGAAGAACUUGAGAAUGCUAAGUCUCUUUGUCAUUUAUAGAUCCAUUUUAGCUAAUUUCCUGUCAGAAUUACCCGUGUAUAUACACGUGAGUUGAAUUCUUACUAUUCUUCUUCUUAUUUUCAAAUAUUCGAUCAAAUUAUCUUUGCAGAUGGUAUCGUUAGUCUUAUCCUCUUCUGGUUGCCAAAGUAUUUAAGGUUUCAGUUUGCAUUGCCAACAAACUAAUUCAGAUUGGUUUACACUUUAGAUGGUGUAUCUUAGUCCCUCUUAUCCUGUGUGAGUCGUCUGUAAGGGUCAACUUUGCUACAGUUCUAAUACCAUUUAUUCUUAAUUACUGUCAUUGGGCUUCUUAUAUCGCUUUUCCACCAUGUACAUGCAUGGGGAUUUUGUGUUAGAGAUUUGGAAGGGUUAACUGGGGAGAUCUUUGAGGCUGAACUGGUUAUCUGGUGCUUUUCUUAUUCUUUUAUGGCAUGAUGACUCAAUUCCCUCCCCUCUCCUCCCCGCCCAAGGAUAGGUUAUGCCAUGAUGAACUACAUACUCCUUUGACUAAAUGUUUUGUGAUGCUUUCUUUUGAAGUUUGAACAUAGAACAUUGUUAUGUACUGACCUGUUUCUCUUCUACAGCAGUGGACUAUUUGUAACAUGCCUCCGGAGUCAGCUAAAUUUCAUGCCAAUGGAGAGAUUAUUUUUGUCUUUCCUGUUCUAGUUCCAUUUUGCGUCUUUCACAUUAUCCUAGAUUGCUACAAUCAUAGCAAGCUCGCAUUCUUUGUUUCUUCAGUUGAUUACUCAGUUAUUUGCUACCGAGAAAAUCGUUGGAAAUUGUACUGAUGUUAGUAUUUUAGAAAAUUUAUAUUGUGUUGGUUCAUGCAUGGUAUUUCUCCGAUCUUAUUUCUGAUA